AAAAUAUCUAGAAAUAUAUGAAUGAAUAUGCGCGUUUACUCUACCCGGUCCAGCUGUAGUUUAAUCCGCGCCAUUGUUAAUCAUCUAAUAGCAUUAAAAAACCGCCACCAUAUCUUUCAACCAUGUCCAUUUCGAUUAUCCACACCCUUAAAACCCCUACCUUACUCUCGCCUUCCCUUUCUUCACCCCACACUUCCUCAUUAUUCCCAUUACAAUCAUCUUUCAAACCACCCGUCUUGUCCUCUAAUCCCUCACUCCUUUCCCGAAGACUCUUCCUUCCAUCCGUUUCCGGCAUCUGGGACGCCCUCACCGGCGGCAAUAACAACACCAAUGAAGCUGUUCUCGCAAUUCGACGUGGAAUGUCUCUCUUCAGACAGGGUGAUGUUUUAGGCUCUGUUGUGGAAUUCGACAAAGCAAUUCAAUUGGACCCUCGUCAAAAGGCCUAUCUUUGGCAAAGGGGCCUUUCACUUUACUACCUUGAUAGGUUUGAAGAAGGAGCUGAGCAGUUUCGGUUAGACGUUGCUCAGAAUCCAAAUGAUACAGAAGAGUCCAUAUGGUGCUAUCUGUGUGAAGCUCAACUAUAUGGAGUGGAUGAAGCAAAGAAGCGGUAUCUUGAGGUUGGUGUAGACCCAAGGCCAGUCAUGAGGGAAACAUAUAACAUGUUUAAAGAUGGUGGAGAUCCUGAAAAGCUUGUAGCUGCAUUCUCUAAUAGCAGAGAAAGUGAUUAUUUUUAUGCUUCACUAUAUGCCGGGCUAUUUUACGAAUCUCAGAAUGAAAGUGAUGCUGCAAAAGUUCAUAUAGUAGCUGCUUGCAAGUCUUCUUAUGGACAAAGGUCUGAUGACUAUAUGGUUUCUCUUGCCAAGGUUCACUGUCUUUGUCGAAAUUGGAUCUUCAGCUGAUGUUUUUUUAAGUCUCUCCAUGUAAAAAGAUGAAUAUGAUUUAUAAAUGUAAAGUUCGAAAUUAUUCUGAUACUCUUAUAUUGGAGUAGAAACUACAAUGUGGCUUUGUGGCUUGUAAUGGGAUUUAAGUGAUUUCACUUUGGCCUCUUGUUUUUACUCAAAUGUUAAUCUGAUUAUUACUGCUAUUUCUGAAGAAGCAAAAGUGAUUCGCAGUUGUAACCAAAAAAGAAAGUGAUUCUUAGAUAGUUAAGUAUUGAAAAUGUGAAUAGAACACACAUAAGUAUUUUAAUUAUAUAUGUUUAGGUUGAAGAAAUAUGAAGAAGAACAUUGAUAGGAGUAUCCUCCUGUUUAUGAAACAUUAUGUGCAUGGUUGGAUUAGUUUCUACAAGCUCCAAAAGCACUUCUAGCCCAAUUUAACUUGAAAAUUGUUUUUUUUUCUUGUUUGAAUACUUUUUCAAAAUUAAUUCUUCUCCUCCAAAAUCAAUUAUAGUAGAAGCUAUAAUUCCUAACUUUUGAGUUUAGUAGAAUCAAUUUUACAUUUAUUAUAUAUUAUUUAAGAUGAGGGAUAUUCUUACUCCAAGAUUAAUGGUCAAGAUGUGGGGUAUGUCUUGAUAACUUAGCACGUGUUUGGUUUUGCGG